CAUUUCGGUCACAGUCGCCUUCCGGUCUGCGGUCUGACCUCGUUUUAUCCACUUGACCGUGCUAUCGGGGCAACCUAUUUGGACACACCUUUUCCGAAGCCCUCUGCUAUAGAAGUUAGCAUAAUUCCCAGCGCCCGAUCAUGGACUUGGUACAUUCGCAAACUCUUCUCCGGCAUCGUCAGUGAGUCUUGCCAUUCUCAGCACCAAACUACAACGCAUCAGCGACAAUGGGGUCUAACAUUCCUUAGAAACUGUUGUGCUAUCACUCCUCCAUCUACUCCCUAUCCUCUUGUCUCACUCUUGUCGAUCGCAACUUCUGACUUGUUUAUAUUCCAAUCCUCAAGAGGCGAGUUUACCGUGGCGUCAUCACAUCUGCUGUCUGCCCCUUCGAGUGGCUCAUCCGACUCGAGUCUCGUGUCCGGAUCUGCCUCAUGGGCCAGUAGAUCCAUUUCUUAUCUUUCAGGUUGUCCGAUUUCACUCAGUUCCAGACCUAAUGUACGUUUUACUUCGGGUGCUAGUUCUAAAGCCUUCUGUAGCAUGUAUAAUGUCGCCCCAGCUGAAGAGCGCCUAUGCUCGGAUUCCCAUUCUUAA